AUGCUGAGGUUUGAGGAGUGCAAGAGGGUCUUAAUUGUAAAGAAUGCGGAGCUGAGUUUGAACUACUCAAUUAUUGUUAUUCGUGUACUGGUCGUCUUUUCGAAACAGAAUUUGAUAAGUGGACCAGUGGCGAUGAGCGCCAAAAUACCUGGGCAAUAUAUUGAAUGGAUACCGUACGAUCUUUUGACUAAUAUUGAAUUAUUAGCCGAAGGGGGUUUUGGAAUUGUUUAUCGUGCUGAAUGGUUAGAUGGUCGUAUUCCUUACGAAAAAUCGUGGAAUUAUGAGCAAAACACGUGGAAUCGUCCUUCAGAACCAACUGCUGUGGCGUUAAAAGUGCUCAAAAAUUAUGAAAGUUCAAGAGUUCUUAAAUGA